UUUAAACUUCUUCAUUGGUUGAUAUGAAACACACACACAAAACACCUAAAAAAACACACACCCCUAUAUACAUAUAUAUAACUUAUAUCUAUGUAUCCAUUUUUCUUGAACUCAUGCAAAUUCCCUUAUAAAUAACUACAAGCAAAAGUUUUCACAACCUUUCAAACUCAAGUAUAACCUUAUCUGCUUGCAAGUUUCUACAAGGUGGAGUACUUUACUUGACACUUGAGCAGUGUGUUUCUUCUGUGUAUAUCGAUCAAUGACUACGAUUUACUUAAAUUCACCGUCUAAUGAUCAGUACAAUGAACACCAAUUCUUUAGCCCUAGUGAUCAACACCAUGAACACCAAUUUUUGAGCCCUAAUUCCCAAGCUUCAUCGUCUUCGAAUUCUCUCACUUGCCAUCUUUUCUUUAACCCUAUUACUACCCAUGAUCAGGAUGGGGUUUUUAAUAGAGAAUCACAUCCAUCACAAAAUGAGGAUGAUAGUUUUGGAUCACAAGCAUACGAUGAUCAUCGUGUCGAGAGCCAAGAUGAGAGAGUUGCGGACACCGGUGGGCUUAAAUUUUCUUUAUGGAAGAGGGAAACCUAUGAUCAUAUGAAUGAUGAUAAUCAAUUGAAGUGGAUGUCUUCGAAGAUGAGAGUAAUGUUUAAGAUGAAGAAAACCGAUCCACCAAAGCUAAACACUUUACCAUCAACCACGAAAGAUCUAAAGCUUGAAGAUCAUCGCGAUCAUAAAGAACCAACAACAUCUCCUAUGGAUGAAAGUGCUACCUACUCAAACACUAUCAAUAUUACUUGUUCAAACAACAUCCCAAUUAGGGUUUGUUCUGAUUGUAACACCACCAAGACUCCUUUAUGGCGAAGCGGACCUCAAGGUCCUAAGUCACUCUGCAAUGCAUGUGGAAUCCGUCAGCGGAAAGCACGGAAGGCGAUGGCGAUGGCAGCGGCAACCGCAGUGGAAACGGACGAAUGUGUUUUCAGUGAUAAACCAACAUCAUUAAAAGCUACAAAGGUUCUGCAUAAGAAACCAAACAAUGGGAUUUUCACAAAGUACAAGAAAAAACAAUCUCCAGCAAGAAAGAAUCGUGUUGAAGAAUUACUAGUAAGAUUAAGCAAAAGCUUGGCAUUUCAUCGUGUGUUUCCACAAGAUGAGAAGGAAGCUGCUAUCCUACUAAUGGCACUCUCUUGUGGCUAUGUUCAUCAAUAGCUAGCUAGCCACCCUCAUUUCUUUUUUUAAUUUAUUGGCAAUAUUUUUGGUUUGAUCUAUAGCUAUUGAGAAUUUAAUAAGUUUAGAUAAGAUAGGAUUUAGUUAGUGUGCUAAGGACUUUGAGUGACAAAUAAUUCCAAAGGUGGAAUAAUAAUAAUAAGUUAAAAGUCCCAUAAGUUAAUUAGUAGUAUGUAAACCAUAUAUGUUUUGUAAGAUUGUGAAAUUUGAAAUUAUUAAUGGAUGUUUUUACUUAUCUGA